GCGGCAAUGUUAAAAUUAUUUAAAAGACAAAAAAGUCGUCGUAUAAGCAGCAGCAGCAGCAUCGAUGGCACAAACUGCGACGUUGGCUACAAUAACAAUGACAACUGCACAAACAACAACAAACGACAUUCUUUACGCUCGACAUCAAGUUUCUGUGAUGAAGUGCUGGAGGAGUUAGCUGGACAUGCAGCCGAUGAACAACAGCAAACCUGUGAUGAGGAUGUGGCGAGCAUCGGUGGUGGGCUGAGUUUGGGCAGUGGCAGCAUUUGCACGAACCACUGCAAUGCGGAUGAAGAUAUUUUCAAAUAUCAGUCUCGCUUAUCGAUAUCUCUGGAAUCUAUAGUCAAUGAUCAAAAAUGUCUUAGUUAUUUUGUCCAAUAUUUAGAAACUAAAAACGCAUUAUCAUUGAUAAAAUUCUAUUUGGACACUGAGAAUUUCAAAACAGCCGCCUUAGCACAGUUGGAGAAGUCACAAGACAACAGCGAAAAACACAAAUGCCAACAACAGGACGAACCGAGUUCAUCAUUGGAACAUACGCCAACUAAAGUAUACACAAACUGUGACCAUGACAAUGUGACCUGUGUAUGCAGUACGUUAAAGAAUACUGACGAAACGGAGGAUACUGAGCAGGAGGAGGAGGAGCAAAAUAAUGUACCUGAAUUGAAAACGCUUUAUGAUUUGUCGAUGCGUAAACCUUUAACAGAUGACGAGAAGAGUCAGAUCUACGCUGAGACAAACAAACAAAUCUCGAAAAGCACAAAUCAAAAAUUUAAUUCCACUUCGGAAUUAUCACUUUGCAGUGAAAGUACAACUACAACGGAACCAGAUCUCAGUACUAGCUUAGCAACUUCAAGGAUAAGCGCAGCUAGCACUAAAGAUGCAAUAGUAAUUUAUCAAAAAUAUUUAAUCGCGAACGCAGUGCUAUUUGUUAGUCUUCCAGUGGCGUUACUGUCGCAAAUAUCAUUGCUCUUAUGCAAACGACCCGACGAUAAAGCCACUGUUAGCACAGAUGAAAUCGAUGCUAACACAAGCGAAACAGCAGCGGCGAUAUCAACCUGUUGCUUCGAUGAAGCACAACAGUACGUGCUGCACCAAUUGGACCGUGACUACUCCAAUGACUUUCUGCAAAGCACUUUUUAUUGUAAAUAUUGUAUUGAACUAAUUGAGGGCACAACUAUAGAUAAGUAUGAUGGAAAGUUGACAAUAUAUGAUAUACUCUACAGUGAAGUGGCGCUCUUCUUUUUUAUGGAGUAUUUGGAACAGCGUGGUGAACGUGAUUGUCUGGACUUUUGGACAACGGCCAUAAAUUUUCGCAAAAGUUACAGUAAUCCAACGAUAAUAACUGCAGUGGGAACAAAAAAUGAAAGUGAAAUACAAGCAGAUGCUAUGAUUAUCUACGAGAGGUUCUUCUCGUUACAGUCUGAAUGCCGUCUCUGGCUAUCAGAUAAGUUGCGUAGCUGGGUUGAAGAGCGUAUAUGUGCGGAGGGUUAUGUGGCUUACUGCUUUGAUCUACCUUUGCAAAUUACAGCGAGGUAUUUGGAACAGAAGUAUUUCAGUGAUUUUUUAAACUCGCAGCUUUUCGAAAAUUAUGUUAACGAACUUAAAACUAAAAUACACGAAGACUCAACCACAGGCAAUUUAGCAAAUGGUUUGGCAAAUAGUACGUUGGACUCUGUUUCUGAAACUGUUGCAAGUGCGAGUGCAAGUGUAAAUUCUGGUGCCGGUGCGAUAUUACUUCACAAAUUAAGUUUACGUCGUACGAAUAGCAAGACCCAAAAUUGUCAUCGUAAAGCAUUGUCGGAUUGCACAAAUGAAAGUACACGCGAAUUAUUUAAACAUAUUUCACAACAGAAUACACUCCUGGCGAUGGACUCCACACAUCUAAAGCAUCUGCAAGCAACUGGUACGAACUUAAGUAUCGAUGCACGCCAUUUGACGAAUCCGAAUCUUCUAUGGCAUCGUAGUACAGCUCAAGAAGGUGGCCUUAAAUUUGGUAGCGUCAAUGCGUUGGGACGCUAUGAGCGGGAUUUCGAGGAGCCAUAUGGCAGCAAUAACAAGUAUAAUUGGUCUUUGGCGAAAGGUGGUACUAAAAUAAAAAACGCAAUGCGCAAAUUGGUCAAUCUGCCAGAGGAAAAGGUGCAGGAGGAGAUAGCAUGGCAAGUCGCUGAGAUGAUUGUAAAAGAUGUGACAAGUGUGACGCUUAGCAAAGAAAAUGCAACCAAAAUAUGGCCGUAGUAUGUUUCCUCAUGUAAUUUAAUUUGGUUGUGCAAAAUUUGAACUGUAAGUGAAAAACGUGAACAAAGACCUUCUCUUUCAAGGAAUUUUAUUUUUUAUUUUACUUAUAAUCUCUGAACCAUUAAGUACAGAUUAUUUAUGUUGCUUUUUCAACAUAAGCAAUUUUUAUUUUUAGUAAUUCCUAAUUUACUAAAUUGUUUCUCAUACAUAAAGUGA